UUUCCCUCUCAUCUAUCGUCCUCGGGCGAACAACUCACCACCAUGGCUGACGCAGUCGCGGAUAAUCUGGCCAAGCUCCAGCUCGACCCAGAGACCGGGGAGAUGGUCUCCAAGGGCGAGUUGAAGAAGCGCAUGCAGAAACGAGCCAAGAAGGCCUCCAAGGAUUCGGCCAAAGCAACCCAGCCGGCCAAGUCGACCGAGAAGGCAGCUCCGCAGAAGGCGCAGAAAGCGGUGGCCCCCACCGCCGAUCCGGAUGCCAUCUUCAAGCAGGGGUUCCUCUCCGAAGUGUACAACCUGCGACCGUCGCCCCACGUCCGCACGCGAUUCCCUCCCGAGCCCAACGGGUACCUCCAUCUUGGCCACGCGAAGGCCAUUGCGAUCAACUUCGGUUUCGCGCGCUUCCAUGGCGGCGAGUGCAUUCUUCGGUUCGAUGAUACCAACCCCGACGCCGAGGAGGAGAAGUACUUCCAUGCUAUCGAGGAUAUUAUUCGCUGGUUGGGAUUCACGCCUUCUCGGAUCACCUACUCGAGCGAUAACUUCCAGCGCCUGUACGAUCUCGCCGAGAAGCUGAUCGGGCUGGGCAAGGCCUACGUCUGCCACUGCAACGAGGCGGAUCUCAAGAUGCAGCGCGGGGGUGAAGACAACCGGUCGCCCCGCUUCCAGUGCGCGCAUGCCUCGCAGGACGUGGAGACCAACCUCACCAAGUUCCGCGACAUGGCCGCGGGGAAAUACGAGCCGCAGACGGCGUUUCUGCGCAUGAAGCAGUACCUUCUGGAGAGCGGGAAUCCCCAGAUGUGGGACAUCGUCGCCUAUCGCAUUCCCAAGAACCGCACGCCGCACAUCCGCACCGGGACGAAGUGGCAUAUCUAUCCUUCUUAUGACUUUGCGCACUGUCUCUGCGAUAGCUUCGAGAACAUCACGCACAGUCUCUGCACGACGGAGUUUGUCACCGCGCGAGAGAGCUACGAAUGGCUCAACAAGACCCUUGGCGUCUACGAGCCGAUGCAGCGCGAAUAUGGCCGUCUCAACGUCACCGGAACUGUCAUGAGCAAGCGGGUUCUAAAAGAAUUGGUGGAGAAGGGACAUGUGCGCGCCUGGGAUGAUCCUCGCCUCUACACCCUGAUCGCCAUCCGCCGACGAGGUGUCCCGCCCGGAGCUAUCCUCUCCUUCGUGGGUGAGCUCGGCGUGACGACAUCCCUGAGCAUCAUCCAGAUUGCCCGAUUCGAGCAGUCCAUCCGCCGCUACCUCGAGUCGUCGGUUCCCCGUCUCUGCCUGGUGCUGGACCCCGUACGCGUUGUGAUCAAGAACCUGGGCGACCUAGAGGGACAGGAGCUCGAGCUGCCGUUCUCGCCCAAGAAGCCCGAGUUCGGCUCUUACAAGCUGAAGAUGACGUCCACCGUCUACAUCGACCGGUCCGAUUUCCGUGAAGUCCCGUCGAAGGAGUUCUUCCGACUGUCGCCGGGCAACACCGUCGGUUUGAUGAACGUGCCGCAGCCCAUCAAGGCGACCUCCUUCUCCACGGAUCCCACGACCGGCCAGGUCACCGAGAUCCAGGCGGAGUUGGCGCCGGACAGCGGCAAGCCGAAGUCCUUCAUCCACUGGGUUCCUGAAGGGUCGCGCAAGGUCACUGCUCGGAUCCACCACCCGCUCUUCAAGUCGGAGAACCCCAUGGCCGCGGAGGGCGGCUUCCUCGCCGAUAUCAACCCCAACAGUGAGACGAUCUACCCGGAUGCGCUCGUCAACGCUGGGUUUGAGGAGGUGCGCCGUCGGGCACCGUGGCCGCAGGCGGAGGGCGAAAAGGCGGGUUCUGGACCGGAGGGUGUCCGGUUCCAGGCGAUGCGGGUUGCUUAUUUCGCCAUGGACUCGGAUAGCACGGAAGAUUCGAUUGUGCUGAACCGGAUUGUGGCAUUGAAGGAGGAUGCCGGGAAGGAAGCUGGUAAAUAGGGAAAUAGGAACAUAGGAUUCGUUAACGAGAGCUGCAUAAUAC